AUGUUCUCUAGAGUUGUUGUUAGAUCAAGCAGGUUUGUAGCUUCUCCACUACGUUUGGCUCUCAGAUGUCAAUCCACAAACGCUUUAAACAAGAGCCAGUUGCCAUUUACUCACUCUGGUGAAGGACCAUUGGCCGUCAAGUACACUUCUCAACACGAAUGGAUCGCUGCACACAGUGACGGUACCGCAUUCUUAGGUAUAACGAAAUAUGCUGCCGAUGCCCUAGGUGAUGCCACUUACAUUGAGAUCCCAGAAGCUGACACUGAGGUCUCCGCCGGUGACUCUGUCUCAUCUGUUGAGUCAGUCAAGUCUGCCUCCGAAGUAUACACCCCAUUGUCAGGUACGGUGGUGGAAGGUAACGCAGCUCUAGAAGAGUCUCCACAAUUGAUCAACACUGACCCACUGGGUGAAGGUUGGAUCGCCAAGAUAAAAUUAGAGAACCCAGAAGAGAUCAACACCACAGAAGGUCUACUGACUUUAGAACAAUACGAGCAAUCACUAGAGCACGAUGAGCAUUAA